GAUAAGCGAUUUGCAUGCUGUUUGAUAAAGGAGCUCUCAAUAUAAGGAGGACACGAAGUUUACCUGACUUUAUAGUACUGCUGUACAGAAGGUUAGCAGACGGGCAACAAUGGCGGUUCUCAAUGGAAAAUGGAAACUUGCAAGCGUCGACAAUUUUGCUCCCUAUCUUGAUGCCAUAGGUGCAUCAGGAGAAGAUAAACAGAGGGGAUUACAAGGAUUAUCUGCUGACCACAACAUAGUACAGGAAAUCACAAUUGACGGCACUUCUGUCACCAUCAAAACCACAACGCCACUCGGAAGUACCGAGAGCAAGGCAACCAUUGGGCAGGAGGCGGACCAGAAAUCAAUGGACGGACGGGAUUUAAAGGUGACGUAUACUAUCGACGGGAACAGUCUGGUGGAGAGUCAGACCGGAGCUUACACGUCCACCAACACUAGAUCAGUGUCCGGAUCAGAGAUGAUCAUGACGAUGACGUCAGGAGGCGUGACAACUACCCGGAAGUACAACAAGCAGUGAUAUACAAACUUUUCGUAGAGUUGAAUUUUGUGACAACUACCCGGAAGUACAACAAGCAGUGAUAAACAUACUUUACGUAGAGUUGAAUUUUGUGACAACUACCCGGAAGUACAACAAGCAGCGAUAAACGUACUUUACGUAGAGUUGAAUUUUGUCUGUAGAAACAACAUCUCUAACCUGCCGGAACGUUUGAUUCCCGAGUCAACACACACAAACUUACACGACUAGUUGUAACAUUUAUAUUAUAGGGUGUUUUUUCUCUCGAAUCGAACGCUUCCAUUCUUAUUACCUAAAAUAUUCUAACAUUCUAUCGUUAGUUUCAUCAGUAUUCAAAUUAUAAAUAAAAUGUUUCUCUAGAACAUACGGCAAUAUAUUUUACUGUAAUAAUAAUAACACAUCAAAGAGCUAUUCCCUGAAGAUCUACUUACCUACCAUGGCGGUGUGCUAGUACGGCGAAUGUAUGUUACUCUGCUAAAUUACUGUAAAUGACGUAUAUUUGGUGUGUCACAUAUUUUCGUGGUAUGUCGAGUUAAGAAUCGAACGUAGAUUCAAAUUCACAGGAAUAUAUUUAUCGUAUGCAUACAUUUAAAAGAGUAAUUUGUGUGUGAUAAUUUAGUAAAUUUAAAAAACAUUCGCGAUACAUAAACUACAGAUGUAGUUCAGAAAUGCAUAAUUAUUUUCCUUUAACCAGACUCGUAUAGUUAACAUUCAUUCCUAUUUUUUAUUGUUUGUGUGUUUAUUUACUCGUGUGCUUGAAACAUGCUUCGCGUAACAAUGCAUUUGGUGUUAGAAAAACGGUAACGAUGAACAGCUACUUGGAACAAAGUGACAUUGAAAUGAGGUCUAAAACUAUUACAUGAAACAUUGAACUGAUGCUUUAAGCGUCGUGAGUCCGUGUGGUGUACAGUUGCACAGGAAACCUAUAAACAUGAACGCUAUUUAAAACAAAAAGCAAUAAACAAAUUUAGAGUUUA